GGAUACUAUCCACAUGUCCAGGGGUUCUCAAUUCUAUUUCCACGCGGCCUUUCAUUUUCUCACACGUGGUUUAUCGCGUCGUUCACAUGGACCCUACCCGUCUCCCCUACGUAAACCAAAGACAAGUGGUGAACAAGAGAGAGAGGAACAGUUAACAGAAUAUCCGGUCUUUUUCACUCCAACCUCCUCUCUGCCGGAAGGAAAGCUUCAAAUAAAGACACUAUUAUCGUCAUGACAAAUAUCUUUCCAGUGCUUAUUUUCUUCGAUUGAUUGAUUGAUUGAAGCUCAGAGGAGCUAUGGAAGGUCCAAGCAAUGGCGGAUUGUUGUAUCACGAAGUGCAGGAAUCGAAGCUUUGUGCCGUACAUUGUGUGAACACGGUGUUGCAGGGUCCUUUCUUCUCUGAAUUCGAUUUGGCAGCUCUUGCCUCCGAUCUCGAUCGUAAGGAGCGACAAAUGUUGCUUGAAGGUGAUGCCGUCUCCGAUGAUUUCCUUCGUUUUGAUUCAGAGGGGUCCCAUAAUGUUUCCAUGGACGGCGACUUCAGCAUCCAGAUUCACACCAAGAAGAUGAAUAGGUUAGAGCAUCAACGAUUAAAUGAUCUUGUCUACAUUCAGUAUAAUUGCCGAUUUCAAGCGAAGUUCCAAGAGAGAAAAGAACAAAACAGAAACUACAAUCCAUUGUUGUUUGAUGAGUUAAAUUGGAGUAGUGAAUGGAUGAUUGGUGAAUCAGAUGAUGAAUUAGUUCAUCUUGAGAAUGAUUUCACUUGGAGAAAUGUUGAUAGAGCACUUGGGGCAUCUUCAUCAUAUCAAGGUCACAAUAAACCAAGGAGGGCUCCAACAUCUACUAGUGGAUCCAAUCUUUAUUAUACCCAGUGUAAUUGGAGUGUUGAGCUUGAGGAUUCUUCAGAUGAAAAAGUGGAUGAGAUGAGUGAAGAGGAUGUUCGUGAUGAUGAAAACAUUGAAGACGAUUAUGGCAUAGCUCCAAAUGAUGUAGGCCAGCAACAAAAUGCAGAAGAAGAAAAAGAUUUUAAUUUAAUUACUGAUUUGGAUUGAACUUUGAGUAUUUUGAGUCUUUGAACUUUGAAGUAUUUUGAGUCUAACUUUUAAGUAAUUGACUUUGACUGUUUACUAAAUUUUUAGAAUUUUAGUUUGUUUUAUGUUUUUUCUUCAUUGAAGAUUUUUAGAAUGAUUCAAAAUCCCCCGGUUUGUCAUACUUCUCAUCCAUGUAAUUUGGCAUCUCGAUUUUUACUUAAGACAUUUUUUUAAUUCUAAGAUCAUAAUUACUUCUUUGACGGGAGUAGAAAUAUAGUGGA